CUAGGUCACCCAGCUGGCUCUAGGAAUUAAUCGCCAUCUCGCCUUACUGUUACUGUCGACCUGUCUACACGCCGCACACAUCGAAAAGCCUCGGCUUACAUUACAUUUCAUGCUCUCACUCGUCGUCUCGGCACCGCUUACUCCCCCCUCGAUCUCCGCUAAUCCAUAAGAUGGCGACCACGGUAUCGCAAUCCCAGCCGAACGGCAUCCCCUCAUCUGCCGGCCUAUCCCAAACCCUGUCCCAACCAAGCCAGAACGUUGCGGCUAGCGGCUCGUCCACUGUGCCCAACUCCCAAGCCACCGUCGGUACGCCGGCUGUCACCGGAGCUGGAAGUAGCGGAGCGCAGCUGGGAACAUCUCAACAGCAGACCCAACAACCUACCACAUCGACGUCCAAUCCGACACACGCCCCACGACCCCGCGACUCACGCACCCUAGAGCUCCUCCUCACCUCCCAGGGCGUCACCUCGUUUGACCCGCGCGUGCCGCUCCUGCUGCUCGACUUCGCCUACCGGCAUACGUCGUCCGUGCUCAGCGACGCGCUGCACCUAUCCACGGACCCCUACACGUCGCACGCAGGCGCGCGACCGUCCGCCGCGUCCGGCGUCGCGCCCAGCGCUCCCGCCGCCGACGCCGUCGUCACGACGAACGCCAUCAACCUCGCCAUCGCCAGCCGGCAGGCGUUCCAGUUCCGGGGCGGUGCCGGCGGCGGCGCGGGAGGGGGUGCGGGAGGCGGCGGCGGCGGCGGUGGCGCAAGCAAGGAGUGGCUUCAGGAGCUGGCGCGCGAGCGCAACGCCGUAGCGCUGCCCCGCGUCCUGGCCAACGAGUGGGGCGUGCGCCUACCCAACGAGCGUUUUGUGCUCAGCGGCGUCGGCUGGGGGCUGCGCGACCGCUGGGCCGCCGGGGACGGCCAGGGUGGUUUCGCCGACGACGCCGAGGACGCGGAGAGCGACGAGGACGCCGACAUGACGGGGACCGGCGACGGCGCCAAGAAAGACGCGAGCGGGGCGACGACCGGCGCGGGGGGAGGAGCGUCUGUGGGAGGGACGGGCGAGGGCGGCUUGGGGGAGCUGCUGGCCGACGAGAUGGGAGGCGACGAUAUGGAGGACGAGGAUAUGGAGGGCAUGGAGUGAAGGCGGCGAAAGGGAAGAUCGAAGGAAAAAUAAAAACAAAUUUCAG